AGCAUAAACAAAAACCACGCGCAUUGUAAAACCUUGUUUUUAUGAAUAAAAUUAAAAAUACAAGACUUUAAAAAAUCAGGAUUUUGUUAUGGAAACUCCUGAAAGAUUAGAAAAUUGUCCUCCAACUCCUGAAGAAGUGUUGGAGGGAUCGUCUAGCUAUCUUGAGGAAGCUCGUGUAUCAAAAUUAAAACUUCUCGAGAAUAAUAUUUGUGUGAUUUGCUAUUCAUCUGUAAAAGAAGGUCAAAAAAGUUUUCCUGAGUGUUGUUUGCAUAUAUUCUGUUUCGAAUGCCUUUGCAAAUGGAGCAAACAGAAAAAUCAAUGUCCAUUGUGUAAGAAAGAUUUCGACAUAAUCAUUCAUAAUGUAAAGUCGAAGACUGAAUAUGAUAGACAUCAAGUAAUUGUAGCAAAUAGAGGUCCAUCGGACUCGCCCAUCAAUUUAAGUGACUUGGUGAUUCCUAUUGUUCCAAUCGAACUCAAUUCCGUAUUUCAUCGUGUGAAUUUUGUAACAAAUCACUCGCCAAGACGAAGAUUUACUUAUCGUACGAGAUUUGAAGCUACAUUAGAACAGAAUGAAAGAAUUCAGGAAUUGUUUGGCAGUCGAUCUGAAAACGAUUAUACUCGACUUACACCAGCUGAAUGGCGAAGAUAUAUUUACGAUAGGAAUCUUUAUGCGUUACCACUCCCUGAUCUCACAGGCAGACAUAGAGAAUGUAGUGCAGAAUUCUAUAGGGAAAAUCCAGCACAAACUCAUCGAUUAAUUCCAUGGCUGAAUCGUGAACUUGUUGUUCUUAUGCCACCCAACCACACAAAUGCAAUUCCACAAAUCUUGGAAGAGAUGCGGGAACAUCUUUGUCUUCACGAUAUUCAAAGCCGUUUAACUCGCGACUAUUUCAUUCGAUAUUUGCAUGAUAAAACUGAUCAUUUCAUUCAUGAAUUUUACAAUUUUGCAAUUUCCCCAUACGAUAUUGUGGGGUAUGAUCGAAGUGUUGACUACAGUCCACGACCAGCAAAUGUGACGACAGUUGAAAUUUCAUCAAAUGAAUCAUCUGAUGGCGAAGUUCAAGUAAUUGAUGAAGGAUCUCCUGGAAAUUCUGGAACAUCAGUUAUACGAGUAACACCUGAAAAUGUCACCACCGAAGUUGUGCUUGAAACAACGGGACCUCAAGAAGACAAUUGUAGAAUAAACGAUAUGAAUAGCGGCGAGAUAGCUGAAAAUGUUCCACCUGCAAGCUCUGAAGUGGUUGUAGAAUCAUCAGAUAGUGAAUGUCAAUUUGUCUUAGCUUUAAAACCACCGCAUUUAAGAACACCAGAACAAGUUAGUUUAGAUUCAGCAAGUGAUAGCGACGUUGUCUUCAUACCUAAUCCAGUAGUACCAAAAUCUAUUUACUCUUCAUCCUCAGACACAGAAGACAACAAACCAUUAUCUGAGACGAGAAAUCAAUUAAAAUCAGAAAUGUGUGAAAAUAAAUUUAACAUAAAUUUGGAAAUCAAAAAUGACGAAAGUAAUCCCGAUGCAUCAGGUGGUGGAACAUUAGACGAUAAUUUAAAUCUACUUAAUUUUGGAGCAUCUACUUCGACUGCAUCUCAACCUGAUGACAUUAUAACAAAUCAAAAGAAAUUUUAUCACCAUCCAAUUCGUAAACGUGUGACGGGCAAAAGUAUUUUUGAUAGUUCAUCAAGUGAUAGUUCGUCAACAACUUCUAAAAGUGACACCAGUGACGAUGAGUGGCGAACGAAAACAACAACAAAUAAAUCAAAAUCAUCAAAAAGUCGUAGGAAAUCAUCGAAGAAUUUUAAGAAACGAAGAAUGUCAUCGACAAUUGUGAGUAACCCAAAGCCAUUGAGUCAGCUUCCAAGUUCAGAAGAAGCUCAUGAUAAUGAUGGUGAAGCAAUUCACUCCGAACUUCCACGUGUGAAAAGUGUAAUAAUAAGGAAAUUUGAUGAUCAACAUUACGUUCAACAGAAGUCUUCAAGUUCUGAACAGAGCAAUUCGGAGUAAAAUUACAUCAAUGAGUAUUUCAGAAACAAAAACAUUUAUUUUAGAACGACUUAAUAAAAAGAUUAAUUAAUUGAUCAAUUUCAAAUCGCAUCAUUAACUCGAGAUUCUUGAAAAUUUAAUGAAGGUUCUCAAGUUAUUCUUAUAAUUUAAGAGAAAUCUUAUGAUUUGAUUCAACUUAAUAAUUAAGUUUAACAAAUGAUAAAGAUUUAUGU